AUGCCGUCUGCUGUGUCCGAACUGUACCAAUACACCCACGUCCCAGAGACGGAGGAGAACCUCGAUUGGGCUGACCUUCCCACCAUUGAUCUUGCAAAGUAUGGGACACCAGAGGGCAACAAGGAGCUUGCCGAUACACUGAUCGAGGCCAUUCGUACCAAGGGCUUCUUCUAUGUUAUCAACUAUGGCAUCUCGCAAGAGGCCGUCGACGCACAAUUUGCUCUUGGCCAGAAAUUUUACGAGCUGCCGUUGGACGAGAAACUCAAGUAUGAGCCGGAUUUGGAUUCUGGAGAUUACAAUGGAUACCGUCCCGCUGGUCGGCGGUUUUUGAGCGGUGGCCUCAAGGAUAAGACAGAAGUAUGGAACAUGGCUACUCGCGCUGGACACAUCACACAACCUUUGCCCAAGCUUCUGGAAGAUCGCAAGGAAGAUAUUGAAGGAUUCGCAAAGAACCUCCAUGAUAAGGUGCUAGACCCCCUGAACCACCUCAUCGCUCUGGCUUUAGAGCUGCCCGAGGACUUCUUUACACGCGUACACAAGUGGGAGACUCACGAUGAGUCUCAUCUGCGCUACAUGAAGUAUUCCAAGUUCACUCCAGAAGAGAUUAAGCAACUCGAUGAUGGCCUGUGGUCCCGCGGCCACACAGAUCUGGGGACGAUCACCCUGCUUUUCCGUCAACCCGUUGCCGCCCUACAAAUCAGGGAUCAUGAGACCGGCGACUGGAAGUGGGCUAAGCCGCUCGAUGGCAGUCUUACCGUCAACACAUGCGAUGCCCUCAGCUUCCUGACGGGUGGUUACGUCAAGUCCACGGUUCACCGGGUAUCAGUGCCGCCUAAGGACCAGCGCCAUGUCGAUCGCCUGGGUUUGUUGUACUUCGCGCGUCCUCAAAACGACCUCGUACUGAAGACGAUUGACUCACCAGUGCUCAAGCGCGAGGGCUUUACUCAGAACGAGUUCGAGGCUGGCGAACACCCGGUGCCGACCAUGGGAGAGUUCACCACCCUCAAGCAGACUUGGCAGCAAAGGAAAGGGGUCAGCUAUCAGAACUCGGAAGGACAGGAGAUCCUCCCGGGAUUCAAGGGCCAAUACUUCAAGUAG